AUGGAGGGCCACGUCACACUGCUGCCCCCCCUGCUGCUGCUGCUCCUCUGUAGCCUGUCAGGGGUGUGGGGGUUCCCCUUCGGCCCCGUCCUUGACAUGGACGUCACCCCCAGGACCACAGUGUUCUCCCAAGGUAAGAUCAGACCAAGGCUCCAGCUCUGAUGUACACUCUUAGAAAAAGGGUUCUAAAAGGGUUCUUCGGCUGUCCCCAUAGGAAAACCUUUUUUUGGCUCCAGGUUGAACCCCUUUUGGUUCCAGGUAAAACACUUUUGGGUUCAAUGUAGAACCCUCUACAGAAAGGGUUCUAUAUGGAACCUAAAGGGGUUCUACCUGGAACCAAAAUGGUUCUACCAGGAACAAAAGAGGGUUCUUCAAAGGGUUAUCAUAUGGGGUCAGCCGAGGAUCCCUUUUAGGUUCUUUAUUUCUAAGAGUUUAUACUAGUUUGACCCAGAAGGUUGUCCUGUCAACGAGACUGCACCUGACCUAGGGAAAACUCUGGGACCUAGCUAUAGGCUGAGGCCUAGGAAUUUUUCCUGGUCAGAUCACAUGGCCUGGAAAAACUCCUGGCUCUACUUAUAGGACAUCUACUGUAUACUAGUAUCACACUUGGUGUCCUGAUUCAAUACAACUGACUUUAAACAAGUGGCACAGUUUUGGAAUUGGCCCUAAAGACAGCCAGCCCCUACUUCCAGGGAGUUAUUAAUCAUCUCUCUCAAGUCAAGUCCUAGUUCACUUAGUUCACUGUGCAGCUCUAAUGAAACACUAGAGAAUAGACAGAAGCUCCCAUAGAAUAUGACCCCUCUAUGGUGGAGCCCUGACCAGUGCCUGUGUAGAAAAUGAAAUAGUACUGAAUAGGGGAUUUUACAAAGAAGGGGUGAGGGUACAUCAUUUACACGCAUCAGCAUCUCUUUCCCUCCCAUAUCAGCUCAGCCUCUCUUUCUCUAUCAACUGCAGCAGAAUCUAUCCACUGAUCAACCAGCAGAAUCUAUCCACUGAUCACCCAGCAAGCUACUGUAGCAAAGGGAUUACCCAGCCCUGGCAGGCUCUUCAGGUGACUAUUCUGUACCUGGCUGCUCUCUCCUCUCCACUCCUCUCUACUCCUGUCUCGAGAGGAGGAAUAUUAUUAACAGAGGAGGGGAGUGAAGAGAGCCGGGUGUAUCGCCUGCCUGGACUGUGAUGCAGUCACAAAACCAGGCUAUUACAGUGGAAAGAGAUGGUUAGAGAUAAGAUUGACAGGACUUUUAGGGGGGUUAAAGGGGACAUAAAACCACCCAAAAGAAUGGGUUGAAUAUUUCUUCCCUCUACCCAUUCAGGGAAAUGGAUUCCAGAUAAUUUGAUAUGUAAGUCUUAGUAAGUUCCUAUGGUCUUAGUAAGAAUCAUGUUAUUUUGUUCAGAAAGCCUCUAUUGCUAAUUUGGUACACUAUUUUAUUAUAGACGUGUGUGGUACAGAGUCGGUUUAUCACAUUUUUCUAUUUUUCUCCUUGUCCUUGUAGAAGGAAACCCGUGACCUACAUUCAGACUCCCAUGGGCUGUGUGUGUAUGUGUGCGUGUGUGUGUGCGUGUGUGUGUGUGUGUGUGUGUGUGUGUGUGUGUGUGUGUGUGUGUGUGCGUGCUUGUGUGCAUGCAUGUAUGAUCUCAAAUCUGCACAUGCAUGCACCCCCAGUCACUUUACCUUAGGCGAAACAUGCCCCAGUGCAGAAUGAAGUGUAGAGUGUAGAGAGUAGCACCUCAUAGAGAAAAAUGGCCGUAAUGUGUAUGAAAAGGGGGACUAUUUUAUGUGGGUGGUGCUGGUGGUGGUACUGUAUGACCACCAUUGGUAGUCUGAGAGCACAGCUAUAUUCAUCUCUGUGGGUGGGGUGAGAGGGCGAUCAUUAAUUUGCUUUGUUUUACAGUUGGUCUGUAGGAGUAGGUGUACAUUGACUCGCAAUAAAACGGAGCAAGGAUUUAUAAGCUCGCUAAGAAAUGGCAUAUCUGACAUACUGUAAUUUAAAAAAUGUGUAUGCGUGCAUGUUUGUGUGUGUGUGUGUGUGUGUGUGUGUGUGUGUGUGUGUGUGUGAGUGUGUCUCUCUGUGGUUAGAUGAAUGCUUGACUCUGGUCUGAACUCAAGGGAGGAACCUAAGGGAUUGUCUCCCACUCUCUCUGCUGGUGCCAACCAGACCUGAAAUAAUGGAACCAUGCAUGCAAUAUUGAUGCAUGUGUAAGAUCUGUCUACUGUUGCUAUGAGGAGAGAGUGCAGCGGAGGUCUUGAUAGUAGUGGAUUUCUAUGUAUUAUUUAGUCAUUGGUUUAGAAUAUUGCAGUUUCUUCAGUUGAAAAGAGGAGAUUUUAUGUAGACUAGCAUACCACUCCUGAGGCAUGUAGCUAUGUUCAGGGCUUGCGAUUGUAAGGUUAAUAAUUGGCAAUAAUGACCUGUAAUUCACAUAUAUUUAGUCAAGUCAGUUGUUGUGUCUAGGUGAACAGAAAAAAGGACAGGUUACUCAGUAAAUCACUAAUGAGUUGACAUGGGCUCAAUCUGAAAACAAGUGUUUUGUCUCUCUCAGCCCCUAGAGUCUAUCUCUCUGCCUUUCGUUCUUCUUGUUGGAUGCAGCAUCUCACAAUUUGUUCUCACCAGUCAGUGUUUGCAGAAAAUGGCUUCUUUUAAUGUGACACUCCUCUGGUGACAAUAGAGAGGAAUUGGACAUCUAAACCCUGGUGAGUUAUCCAGUGAUGCUCUGAUCGAUUUCUUUCUCUGGUGUUCCCUGGGCUUGGUGGUUGUGACAGGAUCUUAGCAGAGACAGACUCUGCCUAGAUACCUGAACUAGCACCAGGAUAGGAGUUGUAUACUGUAUGCACUAACUGUAAGAGUCUUUGCUACCAUCAUAAGAUAAUAUAUCUGCUUUUUGUUAUUGCUGUGCGAGCACUGCUUUCAUUGUAAUAUCAUCUUUCAAAACACUCAUGGUAAAAAAAAAAAUAUUCGGAAAAACACAGUCAGGCUGAUAAAGAUAAAUAGAAAGGGUUACAUUGUGACAGACAACCACGAGAGCUGCAUAAGGCCAAAACCACAGUACUGCCAAACAUCACAAGUAUGAUGGUAAAUAUGACAGACCACUCGUGAUAGAGAGAACACACUUGUUUAUGUUGACAGUGUGUGGGCUGUUCUAUCCUGAUGAUUCAUUUAAGGAAAUGAAGCCACUAGUGGUGAGGCAGCUAUGCCGAUCCUUGGUUGAAAUAAUCGAUUUUUAGAUAUUUUUAGAUAGAGAAAAUAGGAUACAGGAAAUGUACUCUUGAUCAUUUAAUUUUGUCAAACUUCAUUUUAAAAGAAGUCAGUACUUUAUAGUCUUGCUUCUCAAGAUGUACAUUUGGGUGAAAUGUAGUCCAAUCAUGUUCUAUUCAGAAAUCUAUGACUGUUAUGACCAGAAGGCUAGCACUCCUACGGUUUGCCUUGUCUGAUAUUGGUAGACCAUUGGCUUAUAUAAUAACAUUGAUCAACUUAGCAACAGCUGACAGUUCUCACCAGUUUCAACAGUGGUUAAGUCAUGUGUUGUCCCCCCAGCACAUGUACCCAUGUGUGUGUGUGUGUCAUGUGCCUGUCUUAGUCAGCCAGAGAGGAUCAGGCGUGCGCAUUGAGUCACAAGGGCAAUCACACACAGAACAGCUCUAUCCUCCCUCAAUCCAUACAGACACACACUGGAUUUACUGUGCUUUUGGACGGACCCCAAGGAGAGGAAAACAGACAGACACACACACACACAACACAACACAAACACAAACACAUCCUUUGCUCUUCUAUCCAUGAAAGCACCUGUAGGGACAUAAACUCUUCACAUACAUAAACAUACAUAAACACAAAUGCACCCUCAGACCUCUUCUGAUGCUGAGAAAGCUGUCCCUACUUUUGCUCUGUGAGCCAGGUGAAAUAGUAUAGGUGCAAAGUGUGUGUGUUCAGUGUACACACAAGGUGCAUUCAACGUGCGGCACUAGGGACAGGGGUUAGAGGUCACAGCGACAGCCACCAUCAGAUCCUCCUAUCAUCGCUGCACGACAAUGGUAAAUAGAAGAAACCGCCCCAUCGGCUCAGACUCAGCUGGCAUGCUCCGUCACUUUGUUGACUCUCCUCAUCGAUUUGUUAAUGGAGCACAAGGUGCAGCUUGUACUGUGGGUUUAGAACAGGGACCGUAAGCCAGUAUAUGUCUCUCUCUUUCUCUUUUUCUCUUUCUCUCUCUCUCUCUCUCUCUCUCUCUCUCUCUCUCUCUCUCUCUCUCUCCUCUCUCUCUCUCUCUCUCUCUCUCUCUCUCUCUCUCUCUCUCUCUCUCUCUCUCUCUCUCUCUCUCUCUCUCUCUCUCUCUCUCUCUCUCUCCUUUCCCUCUCUCCGUCUUUCCCUCUCUCCCUGUCUCUCUCUCUUGGUCUCUGUCUAUCCUGUACUCUCUGUCUGCCUAAUAGAUUCUUGUUUUUUCCGUAGUUGGGAGGAAGCUGGGCUGUCCUAAUACUUAUGUAUAUAUAAUCGUAUUCUUCUGUAUUGAGAAAAAUUUACCUACUAUGACUGUGAUAUAUGUUUGUCUCACCUAGCUAUCUUAAGAUGAAUGCACUUACCGUAAGUCGCUUUGGAUAAAAGCGUCUGCUAAAUGACUAAAAUGUAAAUGUAUAACCGACAAUUAUGAGCAAUAACUGAACAAAAAAAGAAAAUCGUCAUAAUCGUUUUAAUACAUUCAUUGUAAGAUUCAACUUUAUUUUCAAGUAGAUUUACCCAAUAUAAGUUUUUCAUUUUAACAUGAAGAGGGUAAUAAUUUUACGAUCAAAAAGGCACGGUCAGAAGGAGAAGCUUAAAUUCCAAAUGUUCCAUGGAGUCAAAAACAUUUGUUUUUGAGACAGGGGUGUCACCAAAGCUGUGUUGUAUUCAUUAGGUAUGUCAUAGCUCAUUUUCAUUAUCAUACAUUACAAGCUCCCAAAAUCAAAAAUGACAAUAAAAAUGUGCAUGACAAUUCAUUCUUACCCAAAAUUCAAUAAUCGUCACAUCCCUACUUAUGUGCUUGUUUGGCCUUAGAACGUUGCCUUCGGAGCAGCUCAUAGGUCAGGCUUCUGACAGACAUCAAGGACACUUCGCCCCAACUGCCUUGGGCGGCGGCCAUUUUGCGUCAUCCAGAUCAUCGUCAUCAUGGUCGGCCUAUUUUUAAAAUGAAGAAUCCAAGGCUAUUCUUGUGCACACACUUGGAUUAGUCAUAGAAGAAAUGAAAAAUUUGAUUUGUUUUUACAUUGCCACAGGCUGUCAUUGUGUUAGCAUAACUGUGCAAAAUAAAAUAAUCUUGGGCAAAACAUAAUGUUAUUGUGGGGUUAAAGUUGGGUUUUGAGAAAGGGAGAGUGAUAGAGAGUGUGAGUGUGUGUUUGUGUCUGUCUGUCUGUCUGUCUGCCUGUGUCUGUCUGUGUAUCUUUGUGUGUGUGCGCACGUAUGCUUGUCUGUGUGUGUUGUUCUGUUUGUAUGUGCCCUGCUGUGUCGUGACUGCCCCACCCCCACCUUCCUGCAUAACCUCCAGUAUGUCCUGACCUUUGAGUUGGUCAGUGGAUAAGAGAUGCUCAUGGCUCACUCAUGGCUCAGCCUGUCUCUCUGCCUGCCUGUCUGACUAUCUCUCUGCCUGCCUGGUGCCCUCCUGACUCAGUCUGGUUGUAUGGAGGGUUACUGGAAGAUAGUCAUGGGUGCUACUUGUACUAUCACUAUUGUAUCCCUGAGAGACUGUUUGUGUGGGGAGGAGGUUUUCAAACAGGUUUGACAGCAUAAUGAAGUGACUUUACCAGUGACAAGUGACAACAUGUAGUAUUUGUUGUAGUAACUGGCAAUCCCAAUUUGUUGUCAUUUUAGCCAUUGCGGUCUGCGAGGGUGGUUGAAUUAUGCGAAUUGUGCACCUGUCCUCAGAAAUGUAUUGAAGGAUAUUCUCUACUUCUUUUGUCAGAAACUACAGUAAUGCAUUUGAUAACAUUAUUAACCUUAUUAGAAGAACCCAAUAAAUCUGACUGGCAGGAUUGUGUGUAUUAUAAGGAUUGUCACAGUGUGGUCUCACCUUAGUGUGUUUUAUUGAAACAAUUUUUCAAUCCUUAUAGAAUAUCAAAGAGUCAAAACAUGAUUUAAAUGAACCACAUGGGCUAUAAAAAUAAAGAUAAGAUAAAUCAAAUCAAAUUUGAUUGGUCACAUAUACAUAUUUUGCAGAUGUUAUCACAGUUGCAGCAAAAUGCUUAUGUUUCCAGAUCCAGCAGUGCAGUAAUACCUAACAAUACACACAAAUCGAAAUAAAGAAAUAUCAGAACGAGCAAUGUCCAAGUUUGAAAAAAAUAAAAUAAUAUAUAUAUAUAUAUAUAUAUAUAUAUAUAUAUAUAUAUAUAUAUAUAUAUAUAUAUAUAUAUAUAUAUAUAUACAGUGGGGGAAAAAAGUAUUUAGUCAGCCACCAAUUGUGCAAGUUCUCCCACUUAAAAAGAUGAGAGAGGCCUGUAAUUUUCAUCAUAGGUACACGUCAACUAUGACAGACAAAUUGAGAAUUUUUUUCUCCAGAAAAUCACAUUGUAGGAUUUUUAAUGAAUUUAUUUGCAAAUUAUGGUGGAAAAUAAGUAUUUGGUCACCUACAAACAAGCAAGAUUUCUGGCUCUCACAGACCUGUAACUUCUUCUUUAAGAGGCUCCUCUGUCCUCCACUCGUUACCUGUAUUAAUGGCACCUGUUUGAACCUGUUAUCAGUAUAAAAGACACCUGUCCACAACCUCAAACAGUCACACUCCAAACUCCACUAUGGCCAAGACCAAAGAGCUGUCAAAGGACACCAGAAACAAAAUUGUUGACCUGCACCAGGCUGGGAAGACUGAAUCUGCAAUAGGUAAGCAGCUUGGUUUGAAGAAAUCAACUGUGGGAGCAAUUAUUAGGAAAUGGAAGACAUACCAUUUGAUAAUCUCCCUCGAUCUGGGGCUCCACGCAAGACCUCACCCCGUGGGGUCAAAAUGAUCACAAGAACAGUGAGCAAAAAUCCCAGAACCACACAGGGGGACCUAGUGAAUGACCUGCAGAGAGCUGGGACCAAAGUAACAAAGCCUACCAUCAGAAACACACUACGCCGCCAGGGACUCAAAUCCUGCAGUGCCAGACGUGUCCCCCUGCUUAAGCCAGUACAUGUCCAGGCCCAUCUGAAGUUUGCUAGAGUGCAUUUGGAUGAUCCAGAAGAGGAUUGGGAGAAUGUCAUAUGGUCAGAUGAAACCAAAAUAUAACUUUUUGGUAAAAACUCAACUCGUCGUGUUUGGAUGACAAAGAAUGCUGAGUUGCAUCCAAAGAACACCAUACCUACUGUGAAGCAUGGGGGUGGAAACAUCAUGCUUUGGGGGUGUUUUUCUGCAAAGGGACCAGGACGACUGAUCCGUGUAAAGGAAAGAAUGAAUGGGGACAUGUAUCGUGAGAUUUUGAGUGAAAACCUCCUUCCAUCAGCAAGGGCAUUGAAGAUGAAACGUGGCUGGGUCUUUCAGCAUGACAAUGAUCCCAAACACACCUCCCGGGCAACGAAGGAGUGGCUUCGUAAGAAGCAUUUCAAGGUCCUGGAGUGGCCUAGCCAGUCUCCAGAUCUCAACCCCAUAGAAAAUCUUUGGAGGGAGUUGAAAGUCCGUGUUGCCCAGCGACAGCCCCAAAAGAUCACUGUUCUAGAGGAGAUCUGCAUGGAGGAAUGGGCUAAAAUACCAGCAACAGUGUGUGAAAACCUUGUGAAGACUUACAGAAAACGUUUGACCUGUGUCAUUGCCAACAAAGGGUAUAUAACAAAGUAUUGAGAAACUUUUGUUAUUGACCAAAUACUUAUUUUCCACCAUAAUUUGCAAAUAAAUUCAUAAAAAAUCCUACAAUGUGAUUUUCUGGAUUUUUUUUCUCAUUUUGUCUGUCAUAGUUGACGUGUACCUAUGAUGAAAAUUACAGGCCUCUCUCAUCUUUUUAAGUGGGAGAACAUGCACAAUUGGUGGCUGACUAAAUACUUUUUUCCCCCACUGUAUAUAUAUAUAUAUAUAUAUAUAUAUAUAUAUAUAUAUAUAUAUAUAUAUAUAUAUAUAUAUAUAUAUAUAUGUGUGUGUGUAUAUAUGUAUAUACAGUGCCUUGCAAAAGUAUUCAUCCCCCUUGGCGUUUUUCCCAUUUUGUUGCAUUACAAGCUGUAAUUUAAAUGGAUUUUUAUUUGGAUUUCAUGUAAUGGACAUACACAAAAUUGUCCAAAUUGGUGAAGUGAAAUGAAAAAAAUAACUGUUUUUUUUUAUAAUGGAAAAGUGAUGCGUGCAUAUUUAUUCACCCCCUUUGCUAUGAAGCCCCUAAAUAAGAUCUGGUGCAACCAAUUACCUUCAGAAGUCACAUAAUUAGUUAAAUAAAGUCCACCUGUGUGCAAUCUAAGUGUCACAUGAUCUGUCACAUGAUCUCAGUAUAUAUACACCUGUUCUGAAAGGCCCCAGAGUCUGCAAUACCACUAAGCAAUGGGCACCACCAAGCAAGCGGCACCAUGAAGACCAAGGAGCUCUCCAAACAGGUCAGGGACAAAGUUGUGGAGAAGUACAGAUCAGGGUUGGGUUAUAAACAAAUAUCCGAAACUUUGAACAUCCCACGGAGCACCAUUAAAUCCAUUAUUUAAAAAAUUGAAAGAAUAUGGCACCACAACAAACCUGCCAAGAGAGGGCCGCCCACCAAAACUCACGGACCAGGCAAGGAGGGCAUUAAUCAGAGAGGCAACAAAGAGACCAAAGAUAACCCUGAAGGAGCUGUAAAGCUCCACAGCUGAGAUUGGAGUAUCUGUCCAUAAUACCACUUUAAGCCGUACACUCCACAGAGCUGGGCUUAACCGAAGAGUGGCCAGAAAAAAGUAAGCAAAUAUGUUUGUUGUUUGCCAAAAGGCAUGUUGGAGACUCCCCAAACAUAUGGAAGAAGGUACUCUGGUCAGAUGAUACUAAAAUUGAGCUUUUUGGCCAUCAAGGAAAACGCUAUGUCUGGCACAAACCCAACACAAUCUCAUCAACCGAGACCACCAUCCCCACAGUGAAGCAUGUUGGUGGCAGCAUCAUGCUGUGGGAAUGUUUUUAAUCGUCAGGGACUGGGAAACUGGUCAGAAUUGAAGGAAUGAUGGAUGGCGCUAAAUAUAGGGAAAUUCUCUAGGGAAACCUGUUUCAGUCUUCCAGAGAUUUGAGACUGGGACGGAGGUUCACCUUCCAGCAGGACAAUGACCCUAAGCAUACUGCUAAAGCAACACUUGAGUGGUUUAAGGGGAAACAUUUAAAUGUAUUGGAAUGGCCUAGUCAAAGCCCAGACCUCAAUCCAAUGGAGAAUCUGUGUUAUGACUUAAAGAUUGCUGUACACCAGCGGAACCCAUCCAACUUAUAAUAUAAAUAAUAAUAUGCCAUUUAGCAGAUGCUUUUAUCCAAAGUGAAUUACAGUCAUGCAUGCAUAUAUUUUUACGUAUGGGUGGUCCCAGGGAUCGAACCCACUACCCUGGCGUUACAAGCGCCAUGUUCUACCAAUUGAGCUACAGAGGACCACACUUGAAGCACUUGAAGGAGCUGGAGCAGUUUUGCCUUGAAGAAUGGGCAAAAAUCCCAGUUGCUAGAUGUGCCAAGCUUAUAAAGACAUACCCCAAGAGACUUGCAGCUGUAAUUGCUGCAAAAGGUGGCUCUACAAAGUAUUGACUUUGGGGGGGUGAAUAGUUAUGCACGCUCAAGUUUUCUGUUUUUUUGUCUUAUUUCUUGUUUGUUUAACAAUAAAAAAUAUUUUGCAUCUUCAAAGUGGUAGGCAUGUUGUGUAAAUCAAAUGAUACAAAACAUUUUAAUUCCAGGUUGUAAGGCAACAAAAUAGGAAAAAUGCCAAGGGGGUGAAUACUUUUGCAAGCCACUAUAAUGGUAUGUAUAGACAGUAUGUGAGCCUUGACUAGAAUACAGUAUAUACAGUGCAUUCAGAAAGUAUUCAGACCCCUUGACUUUUUCCACAUUUUGUUACGUUACAGCCUUAUUCUGAAUUUGAUUAAAUUGUUUUUUCCCCCCUCAUCAAUCUACACACAACACCCCAUAAUGACAAAGCAAAAACAUGUUUAUUUUUUGUGUGCAAAUUUAUAAAAAAAUGUAAUACUGAAAUAUCACAUUUACAUAAGUAUUCAGACUCUUUACUCAGUACUUUGUUGAAGCACCUUUGGCAGCGAUUACAGCCUUGAGUCUUAUUGGGUAUGACGCUACAAGCUUGGCACACCUGUAUUUGGGGAGUUUCUCCCAUUCUUCUCUGCAGAUCCUCUCAAGCUCUGUCAGGUUGGAUGGGGAGCAUCGCUGCACAGCUAUUUUCAGGUCUCUCCAGAGAUGUUCGAUCGGGUUCAAGUCCAGGGUCUGGAUGGGCCACUCAAGGACAUUCAGAGACUUGUCCCGAAGCCACUCCUGCGUUGUCUUGGCUGUGUGCUUAGGGUCGUUCUCCUGUUGGAAGGUGAACCUUUGCCCCAGUCUGAGGUCCUGAGUACUCUGGAGCAGGUUUUCAUCAAGGAUCUCUAUGUACUUUGCUCCGUUCAUGUUUCCCUCAAUCCUGACUAGUCUCCCAGUCCCUGCCGCUGAAAAACAUCCCCACAGCAUGAUGCUGCCACCACCAUGCUUCACCGUAGGGAUGGUACCAGGUUUCCUCCAGACGUGAUGCUUGGCAUUCAGGCCAAAGAGUUCAAUCUUGGUUUCAUCAGACCAGAGAAUCUUGUUUCUCAUGGACUGAGAGUCCUUCAGGUGCCUUUUGGCAAACUCCAAGCUGGCUGUCAUGUGCCUUUUACUGAGGAGUGGCUUCCAUCUGGCCACUCUACCAUAAAGGCCUGAUUGGUGGAGUGCUGCAGAGAUGGUUGUCCUUCUGGAUAGUUCUCCCAGCUCCACAGAGGAACUCUGGAGCUCCGUCAGAGUGACCAUUGGAUUCUUGGUCACCUCCCUGACCAAGGCCCUUCUCCCCCGAUUGCUCAGUUUGGCUGGGCGGCCAGCUCUAGGAAGAGUCUUGGUGGUUCCAAACUUCUUCCAUUUAAGAAUAAUGGAGGCCACUGUGUUCUUGGGGACUUUCAAUGCUGCAGGAAUGUUUUGGUACCCUUCCCCAGAUCUGUGCCAUGACACAAUCCUGUCUUGGAGCUCUACGGACAAUUCCUUCGACCUCAUGGCUUAGUUUUUGCUCUGACAUGCACUGUCAACUGUGGGACCUUAUAUAGACAGGUGUGUGCCUUUCCAAAUCAUGUCCAAUCAAGUUGUAGAAACAUGUCAAGGAUGAUCAAUGGAAACAGGAUGCACCUGAGCUCAAUUUCGAGUCUCAUAGCAAAGGGUCUGAAUACUUAUGUAAAUAAGGUUUUUAUUUUGAUUUUUGUUUUAUACAUUUGCAAAGAUUUCAAAAAACCUGCUUUCUCUUUGUCAUUAUGGGAUAUUGUGUGUACAGUCGUGGUCAAAAGUUUUGAGAAUGACACAAAUAUUAAUUUUCACAAAGUCUGCUGCCUCAGUUUUUAUGAUGGCAAUUUGCAUAUACUCCAGAAUGUUAUGAAGAGUGAUCAGAUUAAUUGCAAUUAAUUGCAAAGUCCCUCUUUGCCAUGAAAAUGAACUUAAUCCCCCAAAAACAUUUCCACUGCAUUUCAGCCCUGCCACAAAAGGAUCAGCUGACAUCAUGUCAGUGAUUCUCUCGUUAACACAGGUGAGAGUGUUGGCGAGGACAAGGCUGGAGAUCACUCUGUCAUGCUGAUUGAAUUAGAAUAACAGACUGGAAGCUUUAAAAGGAGGGUGGUGCUUGAAAUCAUUGUUUUUACUCUGUUAACCAUGGUUACCUGCAAGGAAACACGUGCCGUCAUCAUUGCUUUGCACAAAAAGGGCUUCACAGGCAAGGAUAUUGCUGCUAGUAAGAUCAACCAUUUAUCGGAUUAUCAAGAAUUUCAAGGAGAGAGGUUCAAUUGUUGUGAAGAAGGCUUCAGGGCGCCCAAGAAAGUCCAGCAUGCGCCCGGACCGUCUCCUAAAGUUGAUUCAGCUGCGGGAUCGGGGCACCACCAGUGCAGAGCUUGCUCAGGAAUGGCAGCAGGCAGGUGUGAGUGCAUCUGCACGCACAGUGAGGUGAAGACUUUUGGAGGAUGGCCUGGUGUCAAGAAGGGCAGCGAGGAAGCCACUUCUCUCCAGGAAAAACAUUAGGGACAGACUGAUAUUCUCCAAAAGGUACAGGGAUUGGACUGCUGAGGACUGGGGUAAAGUCAUUUUCUCUGAUGAAUCCCCUUUCCGAUUGUUUGGGGCAUCCGGAAAACACCUUGUCCGGAGAAGACAAGGUGAGCGCUACCAUCAGUCCUGUGUCAUGCCAACAGUAAAGCAUCCUGAGACCAUUCAUGUGUGGGGUUGCUUCUCAGCCAAGGGAGUGGGCUCACUCACAAUUUUGCCUAAGAACACAGCCAUGAAUAAAGAAUGGUACCAACACAUCCUCCGAGAGUAACUUCUCCCAACCAUCCAAGGUUGGUGACGAACAAUGCCUUUUCCAGCAUGAUGGAGCACCUUGUCAUAAGGCAAAAGUGAUAACUAAGUGGCUUGGGGAACAAAACAUCAACAUUUUGGGUCCAUGGCCAGGAAACUCCCCAGACCUUAAUCCCAUUGAGAACUUGUGGUCAAUCCUCAAGAGGCGGGUGGACAAACAAAAACCCACAAAUUCUGACAAACUCCAAGCAUUGAUUAUGCAAGAAUGGGCUGCCAUCAGUCAGGAUGUGGCCCAGAAGUUAAUUGACAGCAUGCGUUGGGCUGACCGCGCCACCCUCUGGAGAGCCCUGCGGUUGCGGAUGGUGCAAUUGCCGUACCAGGCAGUGAUACAUCCCAACAGGAUGCUCUCAAUGAUGCAUCUGUAGAAGUUCAUGAGGGUCUUCGGGGCCAAGCUGAAUUUCUUCAGCCUCCUGAGGUUGAGGAGGCGCUGUUGCGCCUUCUUCACCACACUGUAUGAGCGAAUGGACCAUUUCAGGUUGUCAGUGAUGAGCACACCGAGGAACUUGAAGCUUUUCACCCUCUCCACUGCGGCCCGAUUGAUGUGGAUGGGGGCGUGCUCUCGCUGCUGUCUCCUGAAGUCUAAGAUCAGCUCCUUCGAUUUGUUGACGUUGAGGGAGAGGUUAUUUACCUGGCACCACUCUGCCAGGGCCCUCACCUCCUCCCUGUAGGCUGUCUCAGGGUUGUUGGUAAUCAGGCCUACCACUGUUGUGUCGUCAGCAAACUUGAUGACAGGAGGGGGCUGAGCACGCACCCUUGUGAGGCCCCGUGUUGAGGAUCAGCAUGGCGGAGUUGUUGUUGCCUACCUUAGCCACCUGGGUCAGCCUGUCAGGAAGUCCAGGACCCAGUUGCACAGAGCGGGGUUCAGACCCAGGGCCCCGAGCUUAGUGAUGGGGGGGGGGGGGGGGGGGAUAUAUUGGGAGGUAAUGCGGUCGGCAUUUGAUGGUGAGAUAUUCCAGAUUGGGAGAACAAAAGGACUUGAGUUCCUGUACGUUACCACAAUCACACAACGAGUAGUUCUUUCUUCCUGUCCGCACGAUGGACGGAGAACCACGCUGGCUGAAUGAACAGGGACAAUAUAUCCGGAGAGAGCCGUGAUUCCGUAAAACAGAGUAUGUUACAGUGCCUGAUGUCUCUCUGGAAAGAGAUCCUCACCCUGAGAUCGGCUACUUUAUUGUCCAGGGACUGAAUGUUAACGAGUAAUAUACUUGGAAGCGGUGGAUGUUAUGCACGCCUCCUGAGUCUGACUAGGAGCCAUGGCCGCGGGAAGAUGUUUUGGGUUGUGGGUGCUGUCGCCAAUUGUUUUGUAUUUUUUAUUUCGAUUUAUCAGGGGGUGCUGCAGCACUCCUAGCACCCUUACUACCUAGCCCACUUCCUCUUCUCCGGCGGCGUCUUGGAGCAGCCCCUGGGAUGAAUGGAACUGCCUCAGGGAGUUCAAACAAAUGAUCAAAUUCAGGGAAAUCGAAUUUGUGGUCGAAAUGCUGGUAAGUGAUCGAUGAUCAAAUAUACCUGUUAUUUUCGUUGGAUAGGAGCUAGAAACAGGGCGACCAUGUCUGUCGUCGCCAUCAUAUAUAAGCUCCCAGUAAUUCAUUGGGUAAACCACCAAUAUUUCGGAAUCACAGUGCCUUCUUCAGGGUAAUAUCAUGAAUGCUUUUUUAACCACAAGGGAGCAUCGAUCGAUGAGUCUUCCUUUUGCUGAACAAUUUAAUUUAUAGCACCUGCUCAAAACCAUUGCAUGUUUCUAAGUUGUAAGUCUUAAUAUCGUGGGGUAGUAGAAGUGACGCUUGUGUUUGAGAUGGGGUAUUGGGGGAGGGCAUUUUAAGGGCAUUCAGCAGGAGAUGUGCCCCAGUGCUGUCAAAUCAUAUAAGCGUACAAAUGCCACAAUUAGGGCAGUGUGUGUGUGUGUUUGUGUGUGUGUGUGUGCAUGUGCUAUUGGGGGAGGGGGUGCACAAGAAGGGUUCAUUAGGGUUAUCUCAAUCACUGCAUAUUGUACAGCGUCUGAGCUUCAUAUCCCUUGAACAAAUACAGCAGACAAACAACACAAGGUUACACAUUUCUUUCAUUCCUUUGUGUUUUGACCUUAAUUCAUGGAAACGGGUCAAACUAAAUAUUUUAUCAGUAGUCUGGAACCUCUGAUAUGGGGGCAAGCUGCUCUGUUUCUAUGAAGUGGUGAAAAAUAAGUCAUUGUUUUCAUCUAGGCUGCUGUAUUUAAGAUGUGAUCUUAUUUAGUGCUGUAAAAAAAAGUGAGGAAUAUGGGAUAGACUCCCGAGUGGCGCAGUGGUCUAAGGCCACUAGAGAUCCUGGUUCGAAUCCAGGCUCUGUCGUAGCCGGCCGCGACCGGGAGACCCAUGGGGCAGCGCACAAUUGGCCCAGCGUCGUCCAGGGUAGGGGAGGGAAUGGCCGGCAGGGAUGUAGCUCAGUUGGUAGAGCAUGGCGUUUGCAACGGCAGGGUUGUGGGUUUGAUUCCCACGGGGGGCCAGUAUGAAAAAAUAGAGAUUAAGAAUGAGAUAGAGGCGGACAGAGAUGGUGAGAAUAAGUGGGAGGGGUGGACAGAAGGAGGGAGGAACAAUGGAAAAUGCACUGAGGAAUAUGAGUCAGCAUGGCGUAGAUGGGUAUAAUAAUUUAGCACACAUCCUCCUCUUUUCUCUCUUCCUCCUUCCUCUAUCCUCCUCCCCCUCUUUUUCCUUUCCUCCUCCUUCUCCACCUCUGUUCCUCUUCUCCUCUCCUCUUCCUCCCCCCUUUACUUUGGUGAAUUGAUGGGAGUAUGUCCCAGGCUGCUCGCAGUAAUAAGAUAACUCAUAUUCAUGAUGUCCCGCCUAUUGAUUUACUGGGGACGGAUGCACGCUUGUCACAGUCAAUCUGGUGCACUUCUCAUUUACUUCUGAUAGAUACAGUGCAUUCAGAAAGUAUUCAGACCUGUUGACUUUUUCCACAUUUUGUUACGUUACAGCCUUAUUCUAAAAUUGAUUAAAUAAAACAUUUUCCUCAUCAAUCUACACACAAUACCCUAUAAUGACAAAGUGAAAACAGGUUUUUAGAAAUCUUUGCAAAUGUAUUACAAAUAAAAAACAGAAAUACCUUAUUUACAUAAUUAUUUAGAACCUUUGCUAUGAGACUCGAAAUUGAGCUCAGGUGCAUCCUGUUUCCAUUGAUCAUCCUUGAGAUGUUUCUACAACUUAAUUGGACAUGAUUUGGAAAGGCACACACCUGUCUAUAUAAGGUUCCACUGUUGACAGUGCAUGUCAAAGCAAAAACCAAGCCAUGAGGUUGAAGGAAUUGUCCGUAGAGCUCCGAGACAGGAUUGUGUCCAGGCACAGAUCUGGGGAAGGGUACCAAAACAUUUCUGCAGCAUUGAAGGUCCCCAAGAACGCAGUGUCCUCCAUCAUUCUUAAAUGGAAAAAGUUUGGAACCACCAAGACUUUUCCUAGAGCUGGCCGCCCGGCCAAACUGAGUCAUCGGGGGAGAAGGGAGGUGACCAAGAACCCGAAGGUCACUCUGACAGAGCUCCAGAGUUCCUCUGUAGAGAUGGGAGAACCUUCCAGAAGGACAACCAUCUCUGCAGCACUCCACCAAUCUUUAUGGUAGAAUGGCCAGACGGAAGCUACUCCUUAGUAAAAGGCACAUGACAGAACGAUUGGAGUUUGCCAAAAGGCACCUGAAGGACUCUCAGACCAUGAGAAACAAGAUUCUCUGGUCUGAUGAAACCAAUAUUGAACUCUUUGGCCUGAAUGCCAAGCGUCACGUCUUGAGGAAACCUGGCACCAUCCCUACGGUGAAGCAUGGUGGUGGCAGUGUCAUGCUGUGGGGAUGUUUUUCAGCGACAGGGACUGGGAGACUAGUCAGGAUCGAGGGAAAGAUUAAUAGAGCAGUACAGAAAGAAAGAUCCUUGAUGAAAACCUGCUCCAGAGCGCUCAGGACCUCAGACUGGGACGAAGGUUCACCUUCCAACAGGACAACGACCCUAAGCACACAGCCAAGACAACGCAGGAGUGGCUUCGGGACAAGUUUCUGAAUGUCCUUGAGUGGCCCAGCCCGAGCCCGGACUUGAACUCAAUCGAACAUCUCUGGAGAGACCUGAAAAUAGCUGUGCAGCGACGCUCCCCAUCCAACCAGACAGAGCUUGAGAGGAUCUGCAGUGAAGGUGUGCCAAGCUGGUAGCGUCCUACCCAAGAAGCUUUGAGGCUGUAAUCGCUACCAAAGGUGCUUCAACAAAGUACUGAGUAAAUGGUCUGAAUACUUAUGUAAAUGUACUAUUUCAUAAAAAAAUUUAUUUUACUGUUUUUGCUUUGUCAUCAUGGGGUAUUGUGUGUAGAUUGAUGAGGGGGGGAAAAAACUAUUUAAUCAAUUUCAGAAUAAGGCUGUGUCGUAAACAAAAUGUGGAGGUCUGAAUACUUUCCCGAAUGCACUGUAGUUAAGCUACCGGAAAAAAUUAUGAAUCGGUCGAAAACACAACCUGCUAUAGGGGCACCGAGACCAUUGGAAAGAGGAAGUAUGUGCAUAGUUGAACAUUCCAACUAUAUAACUUUAAGUACAACUUUAAGUACAGACAGUUUCAUUCUAUGAGGCAAGACUUACAGCAUACCUAAGACUGGAAUUCCACCAGACCCAACAUAGUAAUAUUUGGGGGAUGUUUUGUCAUUGCGCUAUAUUUUCUUAUUCUGAAAAGUGGAAGCAUCAAAUUGUGGGUUUAGUACUUGGCAGUAGUAAUAGUAAUUCUAGUUUUUUUCAGUACCAACACCAUUCUGUGACUUUAUUUGACCAUGGGAAAACUGUAGAAAUACCACAAUGCAGGUUCAGUUAAAUCGACCCCAAAGACUCAGUAAGUUUGUGUGUUUGUUUUCAGGCCUGUUGGGUUGCCAGCGUUUCAGCAGUCCAUCUCAGAACUACAGCACACUUCUACUGGAGGAGGACAAUGGGGUGCUGUACGUGGGGGCCAGGGGGGCUCUCUAUGCCCUGGACACCACCAACAUCUCCACGCCUGGCAACCUCACGGUGAGUGCAAGGAUGCUAUCUUGCUUAAGUUUAGAUCGGCAAUUAAAUUGUAUUGGAUUUGUAACUGGUUAGCUGGUACAGCACAUCAUAUCACAUGACCGUUAUGUUGCAAUUUGCAAAACUAACCCUCUUUCACAAAUCUUUUUCUCUUUCACAACUUUUAAAGAGGACAGGCUAAUAAUAGCCUUAAGGGGAUUUAGUAAAUCCUAUUGUACGUUAAUUUUUUUAUGUGUGGGCAUUGGAUUAAAUGCAUGGGGCAAGUUUACUCACAAGCCAACAGAAUAGAUUAAAACACAAUAUAGUUGAUGGGAGUAACUUAAUUAUUAAAAUGGAGUAUUCACUGGAGUAUUAAAAUUGAGAAUUCACUGGAGUAUUAAAAUGGGAGUAUUCACUGGAGUAUUGAAAUUGAGUAUUCACUGGAGUAUUUAAAUGUUGGCAUGUUACACUGCCCAUCCUCCCACUACCUCUUUGGGUGACAUGAGAGGUCAUUCUACUCCCCCUUACAGAUUGACUGGGAAGCUUCGGCCGAGCAGAAGAAGCAGUGUCUCAACAAAGGAAAAAACAAUCAGGUGCAACCCAUUGCGUGUAGCUCACACUGCUCAACACACACAUAUCUCUCUCUCUCUGUGUCUGUAUCUCUGUAUCUCUCUCUCUCUUUCUCUCUCUCUCCUUAUUAGAUUGCCCAAUCUAGUAUAACAAUGAUGUGAUGUUGUUAUUAUAAUGUAAUAAUGUAGUCCUUAUCAAGCAGGAGUCAAGUGAAUGUGUUAACCUAUGUCUUCAGGACUAGGUUGAUGCUAUAUCGAUGUAUAACCGUCCUGUUUUGUCUCUCCUACAGACAGAGUGUUACAAUCACAUCCGCUUCCUACAGAGGUACAAUGAGACUCACCUGUACGUCUGUGGCACACACGCCUUCAGGCCCCUCUGUGCUUACAUAGUAAGAGCUGUUCUGUUGCUGGGAACUUCCCGGUUUACAUUCUGUCUUCCAACGCACUGCCCAUUAGCAUGCUGUGUUAUCUGCUUUGUUAUGGUGAUGGUGUGAUUUAUAUUCCCAUAGUGUAGUUAUUGACCCUCUCUCUUCUUCUCCUCUAUCAGGAUGUGGAGCGCUUCAGUUUCUCCUCUGGCUUCGAGGAGGGCAGGGACCGGUGUCCCUACGACCCAGCCAAGGGCUACACCGGCCUCCUUGUUGGUAAGAACCUUAAUCUACCCCCUGGGGUGCACUAUUUUUCCCUAACCAAGCAGUAAGAAUGGAUUGAGAGACACUCUUCUAUUCCUUAUUCUGUGUUCUCGCUCUCUGAUCCCUCCAUAUCUCUCUCUGUGGUCUGUCAGAUGGUGAGAUGUUCUCAGCCUCCCAGUAUGAGUUCCGCAGCUCUCCGGACGUUCGUCGGAACUUCCCCUUCCCCACUCUGAGGACAGAGGAGGCCCCGACCAGGUGGCUGCUGGGUAAGGACCGAUUAUGACCCAUGCCUUAUCUUAUACACAUUGGUCACAGUUUGUGGCUUGAUCCCUACGGCUAUGCAAUUUUGGAAUACCAAUACCAAAACUGUCAUUUUGAUUCAUAAUACUACAACUAUACGGUACUAAGCAGACCUGAGGGUAUUUUCAAAUACACAGCCGAAAAACAACAACUUAAAAUAGACAUGGUUGUAAAUAGAUGCCAAUUUCCAAAUACAUUCUGGCAAUAUUCAACUACUUGUGAAAAUAAUUCAAGAAACUUUGUCUAAAUACACUAUAUAUACAAAGGUAUGUGGACACCCCUUCCAAUUAGUGAAUUCAGCUAUUUCAGCCACACCCGUUGCUGACAGGUGUAUAAAAUAGAGCACACAGCCACGCAAUCUCCAUAGAAACAUAUUAGUAGAAUGGCCUUACUAAAGAGCUCAGUGACUUUCAACGUGGAACCGUCAUAGGAUGCCACCUUUCCAACAAGUCAGUUUGUUAAAUCUCUGCCCUCCUACAGCUGCCCUGGUCAACUGUAACUGCUGUUAUUGUGAAGUGGAAACGUCUAGGAGCAACAAUGGCUCAGCCGCGAAGUGGUAGGACACACAAGCUCACAGAAUGGAACCGGCGAGUGCUGAAGCGCGUAGCGCGUAAAAAUCAUCUGUCCUCGGUUGCAACACUCACUACAGUUUGGGGAAGGCCCUUUCCUGUUUCAGCAUCACAAUGCCCCCGUGCACAAAAAAAGGUCCAUACAGAAAUGGUUUGUCGAGAUUGUGUGGAAGACCAUGACUGGCCUGCACAGAGCCCUGACCUCAAACCCAUCAAACACCUUUGGGAUGAAUUGGAACGCUGACUGCAAGCCAGGCCUAAUCGCCCAACAUCAGUGCCCGACCUCACUAUUGCUCUUGUGGCUGAAUGGAAGCAAGUCCCCGCAGCAAUGUUCCAACAUCUAGUGGAAAGCCUUCCCAGAAGAGUGGAGGCUGUUAUAUCAGCAAAGAGGGGGACCAACUACAUAUUAAUGCCCAUAAUUAUGAAAUGAGAUGUUCGACGAGCAGGUGUCCACAUACUUUUGGUCAUGUACUGUAAUUGUUUCUAAAUGUAUUUUAAAAGUAAUUCAAAUACAGUAAAUAGUAUUCAAACCAGGUCAGGUACUAAGUACUGGUUGAAAACAUAGGCAAUUUAAUAUUCAUUCCUUCAUAAUACAAGAUCUGCCUUCACCUUAGCAUUCUUGAAUUUAUAUACUGUGGUCAUCCUUGCUUUCAGCCUACAUUAUCUGACAAUAACAUUAAUCUCUCCAUAGUAUGUGCUUUGUCAGGAGUUGUACAGAAUAUACACAGAAUGAUGAUGUUUUGCUAUUGUAUGAGCAGAGGCGGACUUUGUGGGCUCAGUGCUGCUGAAGGAGAGUGUCAACAGCUUGGUGGGUGAUGACGACAAGAUCUAUUUCUUCUUCACCGAGAGGAGCCAGGAGCAGAUGGCCUACCCCAGCCAGACCAGGGUGGCACGGGUGGCCCGCGUCUGCAAGGUAGGCCUGGAGGGGGACAUGUGUUAUGUCAUUAGGGGUUGCCCAAGUGCAGGGAGAAAUCGGAGGACGAGCUCAAUGUCUGGAAUGGAAUAAAUGAAACGUAUCAAACACAAGGAAACCAGCCAUUACUAUGAGCCCGUCCUCCGAUUUCGCCCUCCACCAGCCUCCACUAGACUUUUCUUGUACACAGGCUUUCUCCCAGAAGAGCUUCCCUUCUCAUCAAAACCCCAGGCCAAACCUGGAGGGUUGGCAACCUUAUAUUGGAUUAAUUUACUGUACUUCUUGUUUUCAGUUCUGUAGCGUGCUUUUUCUUGUAGUUGUCUGUGUUUUUCAUUCACGUUGUGCUCUCACCCACUGAGUGAACUUCAGGUUGAUUAUUGUCCUCCUCGCGUCUUCUGAGGGGCUUCACAGUGGGCCACUGUUUCCAGGCAGGGUAGAAGCCCACCCAACCCCCACUGCAAUGGUAGACACUGUCUUUCUCUCCCCACUUUCUCUCUCUCUCUCUCUCUCUCCCUCUCGCUCUCGCUCUCUCUCCUCUCGCUCCCUCCUCCCACUCUCUCCCUCCUACCUAAUUUUACUGGAGAUCAGCGUCUCUCUGUCAGACACUGUGCCCAGAAACCACUCCUGGAGAUACAGAAAACAGUUGUUUCACUCCUCCACCUCCACCUCCUCUUCUCUCUUUGGCUGUGCCUGGUGUAACUGUAAUCUCCAUAUUUCAUGCUUGCAGUCCGGCUCUUUAAAAAAUGCAGCUUUCUGGGAAUGGGGUCAAGUCUGCUGCCUGUGCCCACUUUGUGGUAAUGGUGGUGGUGGAGGGGUAGAAUGUGAUGGAUCCAGUCAUAACUGGGCCACAACAGCCCAUGCAGAUGUCAAUCUGGGGGGCGGGGGGGCACAGACUCGCCCCAGUGGCACAGUGGCAGUCAUCCAUGAUGAUGACAGUUGCAGCGGCAACAGAUCCGCAGACACAGCAGGCAUAUCCUUAGGGUGCUAUGCUGGGCGGGGGUCCUUGUGUCUGUUAACAGAUAUUAUGAAGUGACAACAUGAUUAGCCACAGAGCGUGUGCAUUACAAUUCACCUGACAGGCUGUCAGCAACAUCACCACAACCAACAUCAUCACAACCCAAAUAUCUUUAGUCUUCUAUACCGGCUGCUUGUACCUAAUUUUGAAUGGCGGCCAUCUUGCCUCUCUGUCCAGAGCUGGUUGCCAGCUCUCACCAGGGGUCUAAUUCACUAGGGAGAAGAUUAACCUUCAGUGCUGGUGUAUUUCUCUGCUUAAUCUUCUCUUUUUGUAUUGAGAACAAAGCUAUUGUUCUCGAUGAAACAGCCCUUUUUAUGUAUGAGUGCUGUUUUGUGUUUGUUUUGGUUACUUUGUUUACUGUGACUACAGUAUUUUGCGGCAGAUACAGUACUGAGGCUGGUUAGAGAGAUGAUAGAGGUCUAUGAAAGACAGAAAUGAAGAGCGAUGAGUGUAUUAAAACCCUGCCAUACAAAGAGAGGAGAAGUCUCUGCUCUAAAUGAGGUGUGCUAAAUCACCCUAUUCAGGCUUCUUCUCAGUGACAUCACCUCCGAGCGCCUCCUCCUCUGCUGCUGCUGCCCGAAAUGCAAUUAGAUUAAAUGUGUUCAAGUAGGCAUACUGUGAGCCUCAACUGAACAUUCUCAUUCAAUGGUACUCAGAACUGCUUCUAGUGUGUGUGGAGGGGUUGUGAGUAAGUGCGUGUGUGUGCGUGCAGGGGGGUGCGUGUGGGUCUGUGUGUCUGUCUCCGUGUGUGUAUACAGUAUGUGUAUGAGUUUGUAGUAAACCUGUGGGUGUGUGUGUGUGUGUAUGUGUGUAUGUGUGUGUGUGGUACUGUAUGAGUGUGUAUCUGUGUGUGUGACUGAUGACCGGUCCAUCUCUCCCUUUCUCCGCCCUCCCUUCCAGGGUGACUGGGGCGGCCAGAGGACCUUGCAGAGGAAGUGGACAUCCUUCCUGAAGGCUAGACUGGUGUGCUCCGUUCCUGACUAUGAGCUCCACCUGAACGUGCUGCGUAGCGUCUUCGUCCUGGAGGGCCCAGACGUACACAGCACCGUCUUCUACGGGAUCUUUGGCCUGGAAUGGUAAGAGAAUGGAGCAAUGGGAGUUGUUGUCUACCAUACCACUACUGGCUAAUUGUCAACUGGCUCUAUAUUUUUGUGUGGUCAUGCACUCACCACUUUGUAUGCAGAGAUUUGUGGUCUGUUGACUAGUGUAAGUAAAUAGUAGUUUGUUGUGGUUAUUGGAGUGUAGAUGGUAGGCUGAUAGUUAAUGAUGGGGAAUGAGAGAGGCUGACAUUGGGGCUGCAGGCUGCAGUAGGAGCAUAUCAAUGACCCUGUCAGGCGAAGAUAGAGUAGCAGGCAGCAGUGGUGUGUGUGUGUGUGUGUGUGUGUGUGUGUGUGUGGUCGUGUUUAACUCUACUUGUGGGGACCAGAAGUCCAAGAAAAAGUUGACCAACUGGGGACAUUUUGUUGGUCCCCACAAGGUCAAAUGCUAUUUCUAGGGGGUUUAGGGUUAAGGUUAGAAUUAGUGUUAGGGUUAGAAUUAGGUUUAGGGUUAGGGUUAUGAGAUAGGGUUAGUGUUAGGGUUAGGGUUAGGAGCUAGGGUUGGGUUUAGGGUUAGGGUUAAGAUUAGGUUUCUGGGUUAAGGUUAGGGUUAGGGUACGGGUACGGAUUAGGUUUGGGGUUAGGGGUUAGGGAAAAUAGGAUUUUGAAUGGGACUGAAUUGUAUGUCCCCACAAGGUUAGCUGCGCAAGACUGUGUGUGUGUGUGUGUGUGUGUGUGUGUGUGUGUGUAUGUGUGCGCUAUGUGCUCAUAUGGAAAAUCAAGCGGUCACCGCGGUUCUGAGAAUCCGAUGGAGGGUAAAAACAGAAAAAUAUAGAAUUCUCUCUCUCUCUCUCUCUCUCUCUCUCACUUACUGUCUCUCUCUCACUUACUCUGUCUCUCUCUCCCUUACUCUGUCUCUCUGUCUCUCUGUCUCUCUGUCUCUCUCUCUCUCUCUCUCUCUCUCUCUCUCUCUCUCUCUCUCACUCUGUCUCUCUCUCUCUCUCUCUCUCACCCUCCCCCAUUUAUGUAAAGCUAAAGUGCACCUUUGUGAGUUACACCCAUCACCAUGUGUGUGACCUGAGUGAGUAAGCGUGAGUAAGCCCUUGGGCAACAAUGUAUUACUCUGGGCAGAUACCAGAAGAAGUCCAAUGUCAUUUUCUUCACUGGGUUGGUUGUGCGGGCUAAGGAGGACACACAAUAGGCUUUAUAGUGACUCACACAGGUUAAUCAUACCUGCAGGCUAGGAGCAUUUGACAGUUAUUUCACCUGAUUCCUAUCCACUAGCACACUUUGUGGCCAUACACAGGACAAAACUACUCUUUCUUUCCUAGGUACUCCCCAACAGAGCCAUGUCAUGUGGCUUAGCGAGUGUGUCCCAAAUUACACCUUACCUUGACCAGACUAUUUGUCUCUAGUGGAAAUAGGGUACUAUAGGAAAUAGGGUAUCAUUUUAAAUACAGUCAUCCAGUCAGUCUUUCACCCAAGCAUGUAGUCACAGGUAGUAAGAAUUAUGCCAACACAGUUGCGAGUACAUAACUCAACUGCACAUUGAUUACGAAUAAAGCAUAAGCUUACUCCUGCUAUAAGACAAGAGCUUACCCCUGUCAGUGACUCCCCAUAUCCCUGUUGAAGACAAAGGAAGGAUAGAACUGUUACCCAAAACCAAACCCCCACUCUCCUUCCCACCAGUGGUAGAAAAAGUACCAAAUUGUCAUACUUGAGUAAAAGUAAAGAUCCUUUAUUUUUACUUAAGUACUUUACACCACUGCUUCCCACCCACCACAGCUUUCAGUGAAUUAUCUACUAAAACCUAACCAAGUCUAUUGACAUUUUCCCUCUCGGUGAGCGGAUCACUGAUAUGUCUGAAAUUUGUUCUGGGUGGCCGGUGGCAGUUACUUUCAAGAACAAGCUUCAAUGUUUUAUAUAACGUUGAAUUAUUAAUCUCUGACUUUUCUUCUGUGUCUUGGGGCAUUUUUUCUCUCCCAGGAAAAAUAUCAAGGUGUCUGCGGUGUGCCAGUACUCCUUCACAGAUAUUCAGAGGGCCUUCGAGGGGCCUUACAUGGAGGUGCAGGAUUCCAAAUGGAGGGAAUAUAGAGGGAAGGUUCCAGUACCAAGACCUGGCUCGGUAAACCUCUAGGAAUACCCCUCAAUCACCUCUUCCUCCCCUUUCCCCUGUUUCUUACCACCUUGGAUCAAUCUCAAUACUCUCUACACAGUGUCCUCCUUUCCUCGUCUUCUUUCCUUCAUCUAAAGACUGAAUAGGUGAAAGCAGUACUUAGACUUGGCCGUCACCUGACUAGUUCUUUAAUAUGCUGGUGUAGAAGAGGAAGCCCCUUAAUGCUUCUGAUCUGUAUUGACUGCUCUCUCUUUCCCUCUCUCUCACUGCCCUCCCUCCCUCCAGUGUAUCACAAACAUACACCGGUCCCAGGGCAUCAACUCGUCCCGUGACCUCCCAGACAAGGUUUUGACCUUUGCGAGGCGCCACCCCCUGAUGUCCACACAGGUCCACCCCAUAGGAGGGCGCCCCCUAAUUUUCAAGAGAAGUGUCAAUUACGUCAAGAUGGCCGUGCACCGGGUGGCAGCCCUGGACGGACACGUCUACACCGUGCUCUUCUUGGGAACUGGUGAGUCUGGCUAGGUAUAUAAUGCAUAAUACAUAUGUUUUCUUGGAAGAAUUUCAUAUGAAUGUUAUAUGAGAGUUAUAUCAAUGUUAUAUGAACAUUAUAUAAACGUUGGAUGAACAUUAUAUGUCUGUGUUUUUCCUUGCAGAUGAGGGCUGGCUGCACAGGGCUGUGGAGGUCGGAGGUCAAAUGCACAUCAUAGAGGAGCUGCAGCUGUUUGAGGACCCUCAGCCUGUAGACAGCGUGGUCAUCUCCCAGGCACAGGUACUAUAAAUUGCUCAUACAUGCUAAUAACACGUUUUAAAGCAUUGUAACUGCCAGUUGUAGGUACAUUGUUACCAAAUAGUCAUGAAACAUGAGCUCUCCUCCAACAGGGAAGUGUCUAUGUGGGCUCCAACUCUGCAGUGCUCCAGGUCCCCUUGUCCUCCUGCCAGCGCUACACGUCCUGUUUCGACUGUGUGUUUGCCCGGGACCCCUUCUGUGGCUGGGACGGGGUGCUGUGUGUGGAAAUUUCCUCAUGCACAAACAGGUGAGGGCAGGCACAAACACGCGCACACACACACACACACACACGCACACACGCUAGUGGGAUACUAGUGAGUGAGCCUGGGGACUGUUUUGUGUCUGGGCUGAUCUACUCUGCAUGAGUGAGCGUCAGACAUUUUAAUCUCCAUUACUGCUGCAGACGCAUCAGACUCUUCUGUGGUUUUCCUGUGGAUUUGUUUAUGUGCUUUGAGCACCGCAUUAGUUUAAGAGAGAGUUUCAUUACAAUUCAAAGAAACCUUGCAGAUCAACUGCUAUCAUAUUUUAAUAGGCUAUGCUCUGAACAUUCGAUUUUGUUGUUUACAUUCUUUUAUUGACUUUAGCUGAACACACCAUGAGGUACUUCUACUAAAUGGGUGGAUUGUUUGAUUACAUAAAUACACAACCCAAUGUCCUAUUUUCUGUGUACUUCAAUGAGUAAUAUGAAAUUACUCUUGUUCAAAUGUUAUACCGUUUCUCUAUGGCUAGUUUGUCUGUGUGUACAGUAUGUGUGGGUGCCUACUGCCCUGAAAGCAUAAAUGAGAACUGACAUUCUUCUGGCUCCUAUUCAGCUCCAAUCUCACCCAGGAUAUACAGAAAGGGAACAGAGGCUGUGACAACAGCACAGGAGCUGGUAUGUACUGAACACACACACACACACACCACGUGUGUGCCCGUCGCUCUCAAACAUAGGCACCGUACAUUCACACGAACACGCACUCACACACACACAAGUUCUAUUUUAAGGGAUAUCACGGCAUUAAUAUAUUCCGACAUGUGGCUCUUUUGCCCACAAACCCAAACCAUUUAAAGGCCAUUAAGGGAUUUCAUUAGGUGUGCAGAGCUGUUACUACUCCCCCAGGCUGCUCCACUCACUUUAAUCAGGUCCUCCUACAUUAAAUUAGAGGGCAGAUAAUCGAGCUGUCUGCAUUGCAGGGUUCUGUCUGCUUACAGAAGCUUACUACGAAUAAAGAUGAGAAGUGAUGCUGAAAGGUUAAGAUGUCCUGUUACUCACCUCUGCGUUGAUAAUAUGACCUGCCGUUUCUUUACAUCUGUUUCUGUAUUCAUCUCUCUCUCUCUCUCUCUCUCUCUCUCUCUCUCUCUCUCUCUCUCUCUCUCUCUCUCUCUCUCUCUCUCUCUCUCAGUAGUCCACCGCAGGCGUACGGUGAUGUCUGGGGACGACGUCCUCCUCCAGUGCGAGCUGCACUCCAACUUGGCCACGCCGCACUGGACACUGGAUGGCCAUGAGCUCCAGGGCUAUGACCUCGACUCAGGCCACCGCGUGGGCACCGACGGUCUGCUCCUCAUAGGCGCCCGGGCCGACCAGAGUGGAGACUACCGCUGCUACGCCGUGGAGAAUGACAUGUGGGUGCCAGUGAGGCUGUACACGGUGAGGGUGCACCCUGACUUGCCCUUCCCUGUGGGGCCAACAGUCAUGACGAACACUUUAUCAACCACCGCCACUACCGCCCCACCAAGCCCUUCUCUUCCCCCCAGCGGUCCCACCGAGCAGCCCCUGCCCUCCCCGCCUGCUCCCCUCCCCUCUGGACCCGAGUUCCAGACCUACAGGCACAUGGAGGCCAUGUAUAUCUCCCUGGUGGCUGUACUGGGUGGGCUGUGCCUGGUGUUGACCAUAGUGCUGCUCUACGUCAGCUUCUGCACCCGAGGGCCCAACCAGGGCCGCAAGUACUCCCAGGAGGGGCUGCCCGAGUCGGGGGCCGCAGCCGAGAGAAAGAGGAGCUCCCACUCCCAUCUGGAGCUCAAGACCAUGUCCAUCCACUGCAAUGGCAGGCAGGACAGCAAGCGCGGACACCGCUCCCUGUCGGUAUCCAACGUGGACGACAUGGGCGACGGCUUCCUUCAGAUUGUGCCCGGGGGAGGGUCUCCGGGGAAGUUGCUGCCCCCUCCUGCCCCGCCUCUCCCAAUGCCGCCACCCCUGCCCUCCGCGGAGUACGCAUCGUCAGAGUACGCCAACGGGAUGUCAGCGACGUUACCCAGUGUCCUUCGCAAGAUGAACGGCAACAGCUACGUGCUGCUGAGGCAGACGGCAGACCCCGAGGGGAGCACGUCUCCCCUCUACCACUCGUUCACCGAAGAGCUCAACCGCAUCCUAGAGAAGAGGAAGCACACACAAAUGGACCCCCAGCUGCCAGACGAGAGCUCCGUCUAG